CAUCGCUCUCUUUGCAAGCAAAAGCGAUCGAGCUAAAGAGGGAAAGACCUUUUCAAGAAUCCUUGGAGAGAAAGUGCAUAGCCAAGACUUCUUUGAAGGAGCAAAAAAAAAAAAAAAAAAAACUCCAACAACCCACUUUACGUCCUCUCUAGCUCCUUCCCCUGCCUGCUUUCUCUGUUUAACAAAGAGACUUCAGCUUCAAUUCAUCAUAAUUUCCUUGCAUUUAUUCAAGAAAUUAACCUGAUCCAGAGCAAUGCAAAAGAUGGAUGGUAUAGAGAAAGUAGGAAGAGCUUCGAGUAGGCGAGCAAGCCACAACAUGAGCAGAAGCAUAAGCAGGAGCUUUAGCAGGAGCAUGGAAGAUGUAUUUUCAGGUGGCAGGUACUCUAGGAGAAGUAGCCGACACGCUGAGGAAGAUGAAGAAGCUCUAAAAUGGGCUGCUAUAGAGAAGUUACCAACAUAUGAUAGGCUAAGAACAACUAUCAUGAAAUCUUUUGUGGAGAAUGAGCUCCAAGGGACCAAGAUGGUCCACAAAGAAGUUGAUGUCAGUAAGCUUGAUAUGAAUGAUAGGCAGAUGUUCAUCGAUAUGAUUUUUAAGGUUGCAGAGGAAGAUAAUGAGAAGUUCUUGAGAAAAUUUAGACAGAGAAUCGAUAAGGUUGGAAUUUCACUUCCAACUGUGGAAGUAAGGUUUGAGCAUUUAACUGUUGAAGCCGAUUGCCAAAUUGGAAGCAGAGCUCUUCCUACUCUUCCAAAUGUUGCCAGAAACCUUGCAGAAUCAGCCAUUGGCAUGCUUGGGAUUAAUAUGUCCAAGAGAACAAAGCUCACAAUUCUUAAAGAUGCCUCUGGGAGUCUAAAACCAUCAAGGAUGACUCUACUUUUAGGCCCGCCAUCCUCAGGGAAGACAACCCUUUUGUUAGCAUUGGCCGGAAAGUUGGACCCAAGUCUAAAGGUCAGUGGAGAUAUAACAUAUAAUGGGUAUAAGUUGAAUGAGUUUGUGCCUAGAAAGACAUCUGCAUACAUUAGCCAAAAUGAUGUUCAUGUUGGAGUAAUGACAGUGAAAGAAACCCUAGAUUUCUCAGCAAGAUGCCAAGGAGUUGGGACUCGACAUGAUCUCCUAAGUGAGCUUGCCAGAAGAGAAAAGGAAGCAGGAAUAUUCCCAGAGGCAGAAGUAGACCUUUUCAUGAAGGCAACUGCUAUGAAAGGAGCUGAAAGCAAUCUUUUUACAGACUACACUCUCAAACUGCUGGGGCUGGAUAUCUGCAAGGACACCAUUGUAGGAGAUGAAAUGCUCCGAGGGAUAUCGGGUGGACAGAAAAAGAGAGUAACAACAGGGGAGAUGAUUGUUGGGCCCACAAAAACCCUGUUCAUGGAUGAGAUAUCAACGGGUCUAGAUAGCUCCACAACAUUUCAGAUAGUGAAGUGCUUGCAGCAGAUUGUGCACCUUACAGAGGCCACAGUAUUGAUGUCCCUACUCCAGCCUGCCCCUGAGACAUUUGAUCUGUUUGAUGAUGUCAUCCUCUUAUCAGAAGGACGCAUUGUCUACCAAGGCCCACGACAGCACAUUCUUGAAUUCUUUGAGAGCUGUGGGUUCCGCUGUCCUGAUAGAAAGGGAACUGCUGAUUUCUUGCAAGAGGUUACUUCAAAGAAGGACCAAGAACAAUACUGGGCAGACAAAAAUAAACCAUACAGAUACGUUUCAGUCCCUGAAUUUGCAGAAAGGUUCAAGAGUUUUCAUGUGGGCAUGCAGCUAGACAACGAGCUCUCUGUGCCAUUUGACAAGUCCAAGGGCCAUAAAGCAGCUCUAGCAUUCUCAAAAUAUUCAGUUCCAAAAAUGGAUCUUCUCAAGGCCUGCUGGGAUAAGGAAUGGUUACUGAUUAAGAGAAAUUCUGUGGUUUUUGUCUCCAAGACAGUCCAAAUUAUUAUUGUUGCAAUUAUAGCAUCCACAGUGUUUAUAAAGCCCAGAAUGCAUACGCGAAAUGAAGCAGAUGGAGCAAUAUACGUUGGUGCUCUUUUGUUUACCAUGAUCAUUAACAUGUUUAAUGGUUUUGCCGAGCUCACUCUCAUGAUCUCAAGGCUUCCAGUGUUUUACAAGCAAAGGGACCUUCUCUUCCACCCACCUUGGACAUUCACUCUCCCAACUUUCCUGCUUACAUUGCCCAUGUCCAUAAUAGAGUCUAUCGUUUGGGUGUGCAUUACCUAUUACUCCAUAGGAUUUGCUCCUGAAGCUAGCAGGUUUUUCAAGCAUCUUCUACUGGUAUUUCUGACCCAACAAAUGGCUGCUGGGCUUUUUAGACUCAUCGCCGGAGUUUGCAGGACUAUGAUCAUUGCCAACACUGGUGGGGUGCUCAUUCUCCUCCUUAUUUUCUUACUUGGAGGCUUCAUCAUACCUAAAGGUCAAAUUCCAAACUGGUGGGAGUGGGCUUAUUGGGCUUCACCUCUGUCUUAUGGUUAUAAUGCCUAUACUGUGAAUGAAUUUUAUGCUCCAAGGUGGAUGAACAAACUGGUUUCAGACAAUACAAGAUUAGGUGAGGCAGUGCUCGAAAGCUUUGAUGUUUUCCGCAACAAGAACUGGUAUUGGAUUGGUGCCGGUGCUCUUCUAGGAUUUGCAGUUCUUUUCAACGUCCUCUUCACCUUUGCUCUCAUGUACUUGGCCCCUCCUGGAAAGAAACAAGCAAUAAUCUCUGAGGAAUCAGCAAAGGAAAUGGAGCGUGAGGAAGACUCAAAGGGUCAACCAAGACUAAGAAUGUCAAAGUCAAACCCUCAUUCGUUAUCUUCUGCUGAUGGAAAUAAUACAAGGGAAAUGGAAAUUCGGAGGAUGAGCAGCCGAUCCAAUCCCAAUGGACUCGGUAGAAAUGCUGAUUCAUCUCUUGAGGCAGCGAAUGGUGUAGCUCCUAAGAGAGGAAUGGUUCUUCCUUUCACUCCCCUAGCCAUGUCCUUUAACAGCGUGAACUACUACGUGGACAUGCCUGCUGAAAUGAAGCAGCAAGGAGUUCCGGAGGACAGGCUUCAACUUCUUCGGGAAGUAACAGGUGCAUUUAGGCCUGGAGUCCUGACAGCACUAAUGGGAGUCAGUGGAGCUGGAAAGACUACAUUGAUGGACGUUUUGGCAGGAAGAAAAACGGGCGGAUAUAUUGAAGGUGAUAUUAGAAUUUCAGGAUUCCUCAAGAAGCAAGAAACCUUUGCAAGAGUCUCUGGAUAUUGUGAACAGAAUGAUAUCCACUCACCUCAAGUCACAGUCAGAGAAUCCUUGAUCUACUCGGCAUUCCUCCGACUUCCCAAAGAAGUCAGCAAAGAGGAAAAAAUGAUUUUUGUUGAUGAAGUGAUGGAGUUGGUAGAGCUGGACAAUCUCAAGGAUGCUAUAGUUGGGCUUCCAGGAGUUACAGGGUUGUCAACAGAACAGAGAAAGAGGUUGACAAUUGCAGUGGAGCUUGUUGCUAAUCCUUCAAUCAUUUUCAUGGAUGAACCAACUUCUGGUCUUGAUGCAAGGGCAGCAGCAAUUGUUAUGAGAACUGUGAGAAACACUGUGGAUACCGGAAGAACUGUUGUAUGCACAAUCCAUCAGCCUAGCAUCGACAUCUUUGAAGCCUUCGAUGAGUUGCUACUGAUGAAGAGAGGAGGACAAGUGAUAUAUUCAGGACCAUUGGGUCGAAAUUCCCACAAAAUCAUUGAAUACUUUGAGGAAAUCCCUGGAGUUCCUAAAAUCAAAGAGAAGUACAAUCCAGCAACAUGGAUGCUAGAAGUGAGCUCAAUAGCAGCUGAAGUCCGGCUAGGAAUUGACUUUGCAGAACACUACAAGUCAUCAUCCCUCUAUCAGAGAAACAAGGCUUUAGUGAACGAAUUGAGCACGCCACCAGCAGGAGCAGAAGACCUGUAUUUUGCCUCUCAAUAUUCUCAGUCUCCAUGGGGGCAGCUCAAGUCAUGCCUUUGGAAGCAGUGGUGGACUUACUGGAGAAGUCCUGAUUAUAACCUUGUUAGAUAUUUCUUCACCUUGGCUGCUGCCCUUAUGGUUGGGACUAUAUUCUGGAAAGUUGGCACUAAAAAGGAUACCUCAAAUGACCUGAGUAUGAUCAUUGGGGCCAUGUACGCUUCUGUCUUGUUUAUUGGUAUCAACAACUGCUCAACAGUACAGCCAAUUAUAUCAGUUGAAAGAACUGUCUUUUAUCGGGAAAGAGCAGCUGGGAUGUACUCUGCAUUACCUUAUGCACUUGCACAGGUUAUUUGUGAAAUACCUUAUGUGCUGGUUCAAACUACAUAUUAUACACUAAUUGUGUAUGCUAUGGUAGCCUUUGAAUGGACAGCAGCCAAAUUCUUCUGGUUCUUCUUUAUCUCCUUCUUCUCCUUCCUCUACUUCACAUACUACGGAAUGAUGACAGUCUCCGUCACGCCAAACCUCCAAGUAGCAUCCAUUUUUGCAGCAACAUUCUAUGCACUCUUCAAUCUCUUCUCAGGCUUCUUCAUUCCUCGACCAAGAAUUCCCAAGUGGUGGAUCUGGUACUAUUGGAUUUGCCCAGUGGCAUGGACAGUGUAUGGACUAAUUGUCUCUCAAUACCGGGAUGCUGAAGACCGCCUUCUAGUUCCUGGCUUAUCUCCUAAUCCUUCAAUUAAGUCUUACAUACAAGAUCAUUAUGGGUAUGAUCCAGACUUCAUGGGACCAGUUGCAGUUGUAUUGGUUGGAUUCACAGUCUUCUUUGCAUUUGUGUAUGCCUUCGCUAUAAGGACACUGAACUUCCAGACAAGAUAGAGAAACUACCAUAAACUAAACUGAACCUGUAGAUAUAUACUAUUAUAAAUACAGGACAAUAAGCCAUCACAAGUUCAAAGUAUUGGUGGCUAUUGUUUAAUGCUUGUAUUUGUCUUGUAGGAAUUAUGUUAUUUUCGAUUUAAUUAUGUAUGGUAUGUUACUUAGUGAAGAUAAUGAUGAUAAUUUUUGGCCUCUAGCUUUGAGAAGUGUAUUUGUACAUGUAAACGAUAUUUGAAUCCUAUAAAAUUCAAGAAAUUCAUUUGUGUGAAA